AUGGAGCUGUCCAAGAAGUCGGCAUCGAAGCAGAGGCAUGAGAGGAGAGGACAUACGAAAAGUCGGCGGGGUUGCUUCAACUGCAAGAGGCGGAGGAUCAAGUGUCAAGAGACGAAGCCAGCUUGCGGACACUGCGUCAAGACGGGGCUCAAGUGCGAGUAUCCUGCUCUGCCGCAAAUUGUGCACCAACCGCAUCACCAGAUUCCGCUGUUUAGCUUGCAGGAUAUGAGGUUCUUCCAGCACUUCCUCCUCAAGUGCUAUCCCUCUAUGCCGGUCGCAAAUGAAGGCGUGUGGACACACGAGAUCCCGUGCUUGUCACAAGAGCACGAGUACCUGAUGCACGCGCUUCUCGGGCUCGCAGCCUCGGACCUGAUGCAACAGGAUCCGAGCCUCAUAACCUUUGCGAUGUCGCAUCGACUCAAGGCCAUUCGAGCGAUCAAGAAACGGCUAUCGGAGAUGUCUCGGACGACUGAGGUGCGGCGAGACGAAUCAAACGCUAUGGUAGCGACGUGCUUCGCGCUCACCUUCCAGUCAGUGCAGCUCGAUGAUGGGAUGGCCGACCCCAUCUUUACCAACAUGAUGAGCGACGACGCUGAAGGGGCGUUGGCACCGUUUAUGCAGGCCCUGCCGCUCAUCCAGACGGAGUGGUCCGAUAUGGCGUUGGUGGCGAUACAGAAUCUGAGACCACUGUGCUUUGACGAGGUGGAAAUUGAGUAUCACGAACUAUUACUCGACUGGGUACAGAAGCUGUUUACUUCAUCAUUUGACGCAUACAAGGCAUUACGACAUCACUAUGGAUGGUGGAUGAUGCUUCCACACGACAAGUUCCGGCGCAUCAUCGACCCAGCCAACCAGGUGAUGAUACUCUUGGCAACACAUUGGAUCGCGCUCAAGCAGAUCAUGGCAUUUAUUACCGAGGUAGAAGACAUGGCUCGUCAGAAGCGGCCGUCCAACGACAGCGGCAAAGCAGAGCCCAUUGACCCGGGCCUCGGGCGCUGGCUCAAAUAUCUAAAUCGACAAGUCGACUAUGAGCACCGGUUAUACAACACGUGGCCCAUGUGGGUGGAGGAGCAACUCGACCUUUCGGCGAUUAACCUCGAAUUCACUGCUGCUAGCACCGGCUCCCGGCCCCCUUGUCCCCACCAAAAACUCCGCAUCGACUGCCUCGGCCACGCCAUCCUCUCCCUCCCCAUCCCGCCCCGCCCGGACCCCAUCCCCAUCUACGACAUCACUCACCACGCCCCCGCAGCGGACGGCGCCGAGGAGAGCUUCCGCGAACUACCCGACGCCAUCGUCCCGCUGUACACCUCCUUCCGCCGCGCCCGCGGCUCCGGCACCUGCGAACUUAAGGCCGGCUACGACCCCACCUCCGACAUCCUCGUUUCCACCACCUACCGCUGGGGUCCCGGAAAACCACCCAUCCUCACCCUCCACAGCGGUAACGAUACCACCACCACCUCCAUCGCGGGCCGCGCCUCCUCGCCCGCUCCCUCCGCAUCCUCGUCGUCUUCCUCCCCGGCCCGAGGCGGUGGCGGCGCUAUCGUCGGACGACUCCUUCGCCAUCAAGUCCAAGCCGCCAACGCAAACUCUCUCGUCAUCCUCGAGCGCGUCGUCGCCGUCGCCCACGCCCCCGCCGCCCCCAGCGCCUCGGCUGCUGCUUCCUCUUCCUCCGCCUCUUCCUCCUCCGUCUUUGCCUCGGCCCGCCGCCGUCCCGUGGCCGAGACCACCGACGUCGUCGUGGCCGAAGUCGCCCGCUUCGUCCGCUCCGACCAGACCCGUACCCCGGGUACCUCCAAGCACACGGCCGGCAACGGCGGCCUCCUCCUCCUCGACCUGUCCUCGUGGCAAGGAGAGAAAGCGGAUCCUGCCGACGCCGAAGAGGUCCGCAGACUGGCCGUCGCUAGCUGCAUCUCCCUCAUGAAGAAGGAGGUCGAUAGGCGCAGGGUGCAGCAGAUGAUGACCAUGGCGGCCGUCAUUGGCGGUGGGAGCUAG